AUGCCUUUAACUGACGCUCUUCAACCCCCACUCACUCCCGCCGAGAAAGCUGUCGUCAAAGAUUACGGCGGCUGGACCAACUUUAAUCACGCUAUGGGCCUCAAGCCGUACGACUCGGGAGAUGCGCAGGAGGCGGUAGCUAUUGCUAGGGCUUUUGCGCCGGAUUUUGCGCAGCAUCAGGCGAGUCAGAGCCAGGGGCAGGGGCAGGGGAAGCAGGGAGGUGGUGGUGGUGGGAAGAAGAAGUAA